AUGGCAAACUUCUCUGCCCUGCUUACGAUAGCUCUCCUCCUUUGCUCCAUGCUAAUGUGCACCGCCCGUCCCGACCCGGCCUUUUCCGCCUCUAUCACGGUUGUUCAGGUCGACCCAUGUAACCUGGAAAAGAAAAUAGAAGGAAAAUUGGAUGAUGCGACGGAAGAGAAUUGUGGUGCUGAAGACGAAGAUUGCUUAAUGAGGAGGUCUUUGGCUGCUCAUCUUGAUUAUAUCUAUACCCAGAAGCAGAAGAAGAAUCUUUGA